AUGACCGCGUGCAUGAGCGGCGGCAUGCUUGCCGACUUGCAGCGCGCGCUGCAACUAAAGAUCCAGGAGCUGAUGCAGAGGGACGCCCUGAUAGACGAGCUGGAGCUGGAGCUGGACACUAAAGAUGAGCUGAUCACACAGCUACAGACGGAGCUGGACAGACAGCGCAGUGUGUCACAGGUCGCUGUGGAUGAAUCCGCGCAUUCCACAAAUACAGGUGCACCACGCACCAAGCGGCAGGCCAUCUCAGCAGAGCCCUCGGGGCUGGACCCGUCCCAGCUCACCGAUGUCAAUCUGACCAGCUACAGCAAGACCAAAGAGUCCAAGGAGCUGAUCCAGAGGGCUCUCAUGGACAAUGACUUCAUGAAACAUCUGGAACAUGGACAGAUUCUCACCAUCAUGGACUGUAUGCAUUCUACAAGCCUGGCAAAAGGCUGCUGUGUCAUCCAGGAGGGAGAUGAGGGCUCCACUGUCUACAUUCUGGAGGAGGGAAUGUUGGAGGUGACUAAACAAGGAAAGAAGCUUUGCACCAUUGGGCCUGGAAAAGUGUUUGGAGAGCUGGCCAUCCUGUACAACUGCACCCGCACAGCCAGUGUGACAG